AUGAUUCUUAUUAAAAUAGUUUUAAAUUUAUCUUUCUUCUAUGUAGUAGACCUCCAUAAUCAAUUUAGAAAAUUUUAAAAAAUUAAUAUAAUCCGAUUCUUAGGAAGAUUGUAUUUUUUCUUCAAGAUUUUUACAAAAUUCAUUUCGAGUUUUAAUUCAGUUAGGAUAAUUUAAAAUUAUGAAUAGGUCAUUAUAUUAUCAUAAAAUUUUUAGAAAGAAGAUGGUUAAUUCUCAAGUCCUUAACCUAAAUUCGACAAUUAAGAGUUAGUGGCUUUAAUAAACUAUAUUAAUAAAGUUUUCGACUUAAUAAAGAACCCUGAAUAAUUACAUGAAGCAAAAAACAUAUCCAUUAAAUGGUUUAGUAAUGUUAAAUUAAUUAAGAUCCAUAAUAAUAAAAUGUAUGUAUUCUUUUAAUUUAAUAGGUAACACAAUUUUUAAAUACAAUAUGUGAAACUCAUUCACUGGAGAUUAUAAUGUUUAAUUUAAGUCAAGCAGAAUUUGAGGAAAAAAUUCCAUUUUUAUGUAUCGAAUGCUUACAAAAAAGUUUUGCUGAAAACAAGUCUGUUUCUAAUCUCAUAAAUCUAACUGAGGCUAAUAAAAGAUGGAAAAGGUAUUUAGAAGAAUAGGAUGAAAAGAGAUUCUAAAGAGAAGCAAGAUUUAAUUAGGCGAUAGGAAUUAUAAAUAAUUUAUAAGAUAAGUACAAUCAAGAAUUAUGUUGAAUGAUCAAUUACUAAAAGAACUUUAAGCAUUUGAAAAACUUUAAGAAUUGAAAAUAUUUCUUUUUUUUAAUAAGGCAAAAAAAAUCUACUUUAUAUAAUUGAAAUUCUUGGUCAAAAAGAAAAGUAGAAAAUUUAAGAAAAAAAUUAAAAUUAAGAGGAUUUUACAUUUUACUAAACCCAAAAGAAAUUAUUAGAAGAGUUGAUUAAAGAAAAUUUAGUUGUUCAGAAUUAAUUUAAUGGCUUAUGAAUUAUGAUUAAUGUAUUUUUUUAAUGUUAUUAAGAACCCCAAUAAUCAAAUGAUGCUUCCAAAGAUAAGAUUGAGAAUGAUUAAGAAGUUAUAGAUUUUCUUAAAAAGACCACUAUUUAAGACUAAUAUUUAUCAUUCUUUGAAAUUUCAUUUAAUUUCUUUAAAACUCUUAAACAAGAAGAAUAAGAUCUGAAAUCAAAGGGAAAGCUAGAAAAAUUGUAUUAAUCUGAGUUUGAAACUUAAUCUUAAUCCCUUUAGAUAUAUUAAAGAUGUUAUAAAUAAUUUNAGAAAGAAGAUGGUUAAUUCUCAAGUCCUUAACCUAAAUUCGACAAUUAAGAGUUAGUGGCUUUAAUAAACUAUAUUAAUAAAGUUUUCGACUUAAUAAAGAACCCUGAAUAAUUACAUGAAGCAAAAAACAUAUCCAUUAAAUGGUUUAGUAAUGUUAAAUUAAUUAAGAUCCAUAAUAAUAAAAUGUAUGUAUUCUUUUAAUUUAAUAGGUAACACAAUUUUUAAAUACAAUAUGUGAAACUCAUUCACUGGAGAUUAUAAUGUUUAAUUUAAGUCAAGCAGAAUUUGAGGAAAAAAUUCCAUUUUUAUGUAUCGAAUGCUUACAAAAAAGUUUUGCUGAAAACAAGUCUGUUUCUAAUCUCAUAAAUCUAACUGAGGCUAAUAAAAGAUGGAAAAGGUAUUUAGAAGAAUAGGAUGAAAAGAGAUUCUAAAGAGAAGCAAGAUUUAAUUAGGCGAUAGGAAUUAUAAAUAAUUUAUAAGAUAAGUACAAUCAAGAAUUAUGUUGAAUGAUCAAUUACUAAAAGAACUUUAAGCAUUUGAAAAACUUUAAGAAUUGAAAAUAUUUCUUUUUUUUAAUAAGGCAAAAAAAAUCUACUUUAUAUAAUUGAAAUUCUUGGUCAAAAAGAAAAGUAGAAAAUUUAAGAAAAAAAUUAAAAUUAAGAGGAUUUUACAUUUUACUAAACCCAAAAGAAAUUAUUAGAAGAGUUGAUUAAAGAAAAUUUAGUUGUUCAGAAUUAAUUUAAUGGCUUAUGAAUUAUGAUUAAUGUAUUUUUUUAAUGUUAUUAAGAACCCCAAUAAUCAAAUGAUGCUUCCAAAGAUAAGAUUGAGAAUGAUUAAGAAGUUAUAGAUUUUCUUAAAAAGACCACUAUUUAAGACUAAUAUUUAUCAUUCUUUGAAAUUUCAUUUAAUUUCUUUAAAACUCUUAAACAAGAAGAAUAAGAUCUGAAAUCAAAGGGAAAGCUAGAAAAAUUGUAUUAAUCUGAGUUUGAAACUUAAUCUUAAUCCCUUUAGAUAUAUUAAAGAUGUUAUAAAUAAUUUUAGGAAAACUAAGUAAAAUUGGAAAAAUUAAUGAAGGUUGAUGAAAUUGAAAAAAAAUUAACCUAAAUUGAAUGA